AUGUCUCUCCAGUGUCUGUCCUGUGGCAAAGAUGGAUUCAAAACUGACACCGCUGUUGCCCAUCAUAUGAGCCAGCCUCGUUCUGGAUGCAAUAGUUGGCUGGAUGAGUUAAUUCGGCUGAAAUCUCACCUACCACCUGAAGAUGAUCCUAUGGAGUCAGAUAAUGAUGUCGGGGGUUCAUACGAAGAGGAUGAUGAUGAUGUUUAUUUUGGAAACACUGAUGAUGGUGGUCGGGGCUCACCUGUUACCGACUACUUUCCAGGUGCUGCAGAGACAUACGGCAUGGGCCAUAUGUUCUUGGGCCUGUUCAACACCAACGAAAAUAGUGUCUAUCGCAAGACAAACCUCUACUAUCUGUUUAGCUGUAAGCAAGACUGGAAAAUUGCAUCAUGGUUACUGCAUUCUGGUUUGAGUAUGGGGAAGAUAGAUACCUUCUUAUCGCUCGAGAUGAUUAAGGACCUUCCUUUGUCAUUCCGCUUGGCCCAGGAGUUACGAGGACAAGCAGAAAUGUUACCCAGCGGCCCACAUUGGAUGUUGCGAAUCAUCGAUACAUCACAUUCAACAAAAUCACCCGUUAUUUUAUACUGGCACAAUCCACUGGAGUGUAUAUCUACUAUUCUCAACCAUCCUCUCUUUCACGAUCAAUUGGACUUCACGCCUCACAAGGUUUAUUCCACAGCACAAAAGCUCUGUUGUGUGUAUACCGAGUGGAUGACAGGCGAUGAUGCAUGGAACAUGCAAUCAGCACUUCCCCAAGGUGCUACAUUGCUUGGGACAAUAUUGUCUUCAGACAAGACAAAUAUCUCAGUUUUGACAGGCAAUCGCGUUGCGCACCCACUCCUUGUCAGCCUCGCAAAUAUAUGCAUGAACAUGCAACUCAAAUCAUCAUCCAACUCUUUCAUACUCACCGCCCUGUUGCCAGUUCCGAAGUUUCUCCAUAAGAAUAAGUGCAUGCAUGGCAUAUUGGCGGAUUGCCUCAUUCAUCAGUGCCUAGAUAUUGUCCUCAAACCGCUUGAGGCCACUCUGCAUGGCCAAUUUGGAGACUCCUUUCACCAUGAACCUCGCAUGGCGUCAACCACCCUUGCACAACUAUCCGUCAUUCGCACACGAGCCAAUCCAUCUGAUCUACAAGCCUUCUUUUGGGAAGUGCAAAAAUUCCGCUUGAACGGUGUCUUUGAGCCAUUUUGGCAGGACUGGGUGAUUAUAGAUCUGUCCCGCUACUUCACACCCAAGACACUUCAUGUCCUUCAUAAGGAAUUUUGGGAUCAUGACGCAAAAUGGUUAAUCUUUGGUGUUGGGGAGUCAGAGAUGGAUUUCCGUUUUUCUGUUUUGCAGCCUGUCACCGGUUUUCAGCGUUUCGCAGAAGGGAUCACAAAACUCAAACAGGUUACGGGUCGCUGUCAACGAGACAUCCAAUGUUCUAUCAUCGCAGUUAGUGCAGAUGCAGCACCCCAUGGAGUUCUCGUUGCUGUACGCGCACUCAUGGAUUUCCACUAUCUUGUACAGUCACCAUCCAUCGACGAUAAUGACUUAGUGUGCAUCUCAGCAGCAUUGAAUGAGUUCCACACAAACAAAGAUUCAAUCAUUGAUGCUGGGGUUCGUCGUGGCAAGGGCAACAAAGUGAUCAAUAAUUGGUACAUACCAAAACUGGAGCUUAUGCAGAGUGUUGUACCCAGCAUUAGGAACUCUGGAGUCACGGCUCAGUGGUCUGCAGAUGUUACCGAGCACGUGCAUAUCACCAAGAUUAAGGACCCGGCAAGAUCAAGUAACAACAACAAUUACAAUCCACAGAUAUGUUGCCAUCUCGAUCGACUCAAUAAAUGUCUUUGGUUCAAGCUCGCUACCACCCUUCUAGAUGAGAAGCAGAAUGUCAAGGCAUUAGCCAAUGCAGCAGGGAGUCAUAUGGACGACGAGGAUGAUGAGGAUGCUGAUGACACUGAUUUGGAUGACAAUAUACCUGUUGAGUUCUUAUCUACAAUUCAGCAUGGUCGCUCACGUCCAAUUACGAAUCAUUUUGCAAUUGCCCGGGUCCUGCAGCACAAACCUGUGGGCUCUGUACCUCUACCCAUCACUAUUGAUGAUGUCGCCCUCAAAUUUGGCUUGCCAGAUUUGCGACUGGCACUAUCUGAUUUUCUGCAUCAUGAGGCCAGUUUUGGACAUGACCACACCCAUGCAAUAGGCGGCCCAAGGAGAGCCGGACCCAAUUCUGCGCUUCCUUUUGAGAAAGUUCAAGUAUGGUUCAAACUUCACUUGCAAGAUACAGAAUUCCACAAUGUUCACAAUAUUCAGCCAGCCCAGACUCUCAAUUGUGCGCCGCCAAGUGAACCUUGGACAUACAGUCAUUAUGAUUCAAUCAUUGUCAAUACCGAAGCGGAACACUCGUGGCCUACUAGCGGUCUUCAAGGACACACUGUCGUCCAAAUCAGACUUAUUUUUCGCCCCCUCAGCAAGACCAGCACACAAUGGGCAUGGCGAGAUCAGUUUCUUACCUAUGUUCAUCGCUUUGACAUCAUUGGUGUCCACAAACCAACUACGCAGAUGCAUGUCCUUAAAAGGGCAAGACAGUCUAACGGGACUUGCAUAAGGGAUGUUGUACCGAUUUCACAACUGUGCACGCCCAUUAAUCUAGUUCCUUGGUUUGGUGCCACCGCAGACAAUCGCCUUACCGCUUAUAAUAGUGUUGAGCAUGCAUCGGAGUUAUGGCUGAAUCAUUUUUGGGACAAAAGCACUUACUUCCCUCUUUCAAUGUAG